AUGGACCAGAACAGCAAGUCGGACGUACAGGCGUUUGUGCCUCUAGGCAACAAGACCAUCGACGCUGCCCUCGCGCUAGCAAACGAAGGACCUAUUGCCUACGAGGCCUCUGAGGGUCGCGCACUCCUCCGCAAGCUCGACCUGCGUCUCAUACCCCUGCUGUGCUGGGUGUAUGCGCUGCAAUUUGCCGACAAGACCACACUCAACUAUGCCUCGGUAAUGGGUGUGCGCGAGGACACCCACCUGACUGGCCAAGAGUACUCCUACGUCAGCUCGAUCUUCUACGCAGGCUACAUUGCAGCCCAGCCUUUCAUUGCCUAUAGUCUCAAGCGCUUCUCUCUAGGCAAGUUUACCGCCAUCAACGUCAGCAUCUGGGGCGCGAUCCUCGCCUGCCAUGCCGCCUGCACAAGCUAUGCCGGCCUUAUGAUUGCCCGUUCUCUCCUCGGCGCAUUUGAGGCCGUCAUCACGCCCGCCUUUCUCCUUUUUGUUUCCGUCUGGUACCCGCGCUCUCAGCAGGCGCGUCGAGUCGGCUACUGGCUGUGCUGCAACGGUGUAGCGACGCUGAUCUGCGCACCCAUUGCUUUCGGCCUCUCUGGAAUCACACCCGGCACCCUUGCCAUCGACUCUUGGCAGAUUCUCUUCCUUCUCUUCGGUCUCGUCACCACCGUCACCGGCGUCGUCUACUGGUUUGUCCUGCCUGACACGCAGGCCAAUGCUAAGUUCCUCAGCCACCGCGAGAAGCGUAUCGCCAUCGAUCUCAUCCGCGAGAACUUCCAGGGCGUCGGUUCGUCAAAGAAGUUCGACCGAGCUCAGCUCCGCGAGGCCUUUGUCGACCCGGCCACAUAUCUUAUUUUCUUCUUCUCUUUGUUCAUGAACAUCCCCAAUGGCGGUGUCACUACCUUUGGCUCGCUCGUCAUCAAGUCGUUCGGCUUCACUAGUCGGCAAGCGCUCCUGCUGGGCAUGCCAGGUGGAUUCGUAGACCUAGCCUUCAAGCUCGUCCUCACCCGCCUCUCCGACAGGUUCAACGAUCGCACCGGCUUCGCCAUGAUCGCCAUCUUCUUCCCCUUCUUGGGCGGCCUCUUGAUGAUCACGGUCCCCUUUAGCGCCCGGCCGGUCCUCCUGCUCGGUUACUACUUCAUUUCGGCCGCUGGUUGCGCGUGGGGUCUUGUCAUGACCCUCAUCUCCAACAACUCGCUCGGCUACACCAAGAAGCUCACAGUCAGCGCUCUUCAGAUCAUUGCCUAUGGCGCCGGCAACUGGAUUGGACCGAACACGUUCCAAGCAAAAGAAGCGCCGGGCUACCACACCGGAAAGACACUCGUUGCUGUCUUCUACGGUCUUGCUUUUAUCUGUCUUGUCCUCCUGCGACUCCUCUACCAUUGGCGCAACAAGCAGCGCGACCGCGAGGCAGAGGCGUAUCGCCAAGAGCACGGCCCUUCUUCGACUGAUGGUGCCAUUGAAAACGAGAAGCUGUUUGCCGACGAGACCGAUUUUGAGAAGAGGUCGAUGCGGUACAUGCUCUAG